AUGGAAUCAAUAAACAAAGAAAAUUUGAAAAUAAAAUAUAAAAUAUUAGCUAUAUCAUCUACUGAUAAAGAUCAUGAUGUUACUAAUUUGUUAAAAAACACUGCCAAGGAAGUUCAUAACCCGUGGAUAAGUGAAAAAAAUUGUUCAUAUCCCCAAGAAAUUAUCCUACAAAUAAAACCAGCAAAAAUCAAAUAUUUAGAAUUUUUAUGUCAUGAAUAUGCCAUAAGUAAGAAAAUUGAAAUUUUUAUGUCUAAUAACAAUAAAGAGUAUUUGAAAGCUGGUUUUUUUAGAUUUAAUGAUAAUACUUCAACACGUUAUUGUGCCAGAGAACUUAAAUAUGUGUAUUUACCAUGUACCAUAAAAUGUACAUAUAUUAAAUUUAAGCUACAUAACCCAUAUCAUAAUUUAUUAAAUAUUAAUUCACAAAUUGGAUUAUAUUAUAUAAACAUAAUUCCUGAAGAUGUUAUUUUAAACAUUCCAUCAGAAAUAAAUUCUACACUUAAAUUAAAUUCAUUAGACAAUAAAAAAGGUACAAAUGGCAAUAAUUUUGGAGGUAGUAAAAAAUCGUUACUAAGAAAAAUUGAAGAUGCUUAUAAUUCAAAUAUAACAAAUACUAAUAAUACGAAUAUUUAUUCAGGAGAAAUCCAUUGGGGUCGUAAAAAUGUUCAUUCUAAAUAUGAUAAAAAUCAAGUUCACUUAUCAUAUGAAAAGUUAGAGACAAAAAUAAAAUGUUUUGAAAAAUUAAAAGAUGAAUGUGUUGCAAAAGAAAAAUUUGACAUGGCUUGUGAACUAAAAAAAAUUAUAAAUAUUUUUAUUUUUUUAAAGAAUACUAUAAUAUUUUUAAAAGGAAAAAAAAAGACAUAUGUCAAUGACGAGAAUUAUAACAAGGCUAAAAUGCUAAAAGAAAAAGAAAUAAAAAUAACAAUUAUAAUAAAGAAUAUUGAGGAUUUAAAAAUAAUAAAUGAUUGUUCAAAAAAAUGGUAUUAUGAAUGGCUCAUUUUAUAUCACAAAGAACUGGAAAUAUAUGAAAAAGAAAUAAGCAAAAUUGUAUCAAACGAAAAUGUUAAAAUCAUAAAAAAAAAAUGCGGACUUUUAGACCAUUGUAGUGGUAUUGAUGAAGGAGAUGUUGAUUUAAAUAAUAUUUUGGUGCUCAUUUGCAGUGAUAAUGAAAAGAAAAGAGAAAUGGGAUUUGAUUUAGCUUAUAAAUCGUUUGAAGAUGCUACAAGAUGCAAAAAUAUAUGGCAUAGUAACUUAGAUUCAUUGUGCUUAGUUAUUAAAAGGGGAAUAUUUGAUUCAGGGUUUAGUAUAUUCAUUAAGAGCGUUGCCGCUUUAGAAAAAAUGCUAAGUAUAUUUGAACAAGAUUUCUCUAAAAUGACCAACAAAGAUUAUUAUAAUGAUACAAACCUAAAAUAUAUAAAAUUCAUAAUUUCUUCGCUUCUGAAACGUUUAGAUGAUUCUAAUCUUGAUGUAGUAGACAUAUGUAUAAAAACAAUAAUGAUGAUGUUACAUAAUAAUUUUAUUUCUUUUAAGAAUGUAUUUUCUACUAUUCUAUCAAUGCUAUUUUAUUCUUUUUCUACUGAUGUAACCGAAAUAAAUGAAAAGAUAAUUGUUAGUUUAAUGAGUUUUUAUUACUCUUUAAUAAACAAAUAUUAUACUUCAGUAAAAAAUUAUAUUAAUUUAAAAAAGGUUCUUGAAAUUAUAUCUCUCUUUCUACAAGUAAACAUUGAAUCUAUUAAACAAACGUCCUUAGACUUUUUUGUUAAUAUAUAUAAUAUUGUGGAAAAUAGUAAUGAGGUAUUUGAAGACUUUUUGUUGAAUGUUUCAUUUGAUAUUAAAAAUCUUAUAAUAAAUCGAUUAAAUCAGGAAGAAAACGAAAAAAACAAAUUAUCAAAAGAAAAUAAUGGAAGAAGACAAAGUGAAAUAUGGGAAAAAAAUAAUUUGUCUAUAAGUAAUGACGAUUCAGGACACAAAAACUCUUACUUAUAUAAUACAUACUCAAACAUUAAAGAUAUAUCCCAUGAAAAUAACAGAGAGGAUAUCAAUAAAAUAGAAAAUAUUAAUAAUGAUAUUAAAAGGAAUAUAUACACAGAAAAUUGUGGAAUUAUAAACAAUAAUAUUAAAGAUCCUAACCUAAUUGAUAAGCAUUCAAAAAUAGUAACAUUGAAAAACAGUGAUUUAAAAAAAGAUACAUAUCUUAGUGAAAUUAAAGAAUCUUCUGGAAACAGUGAAACAAUAGUUGGUUCAAAAAUACCAAUUAGUUUACAUAAGAAAGAUGCGAUCAAUACAUAUGAUGAGAAGAGUAUAACAAGGGAAAUACUCAUAAAAAGAGGGAGAUCUAUUGAUUAUUCUACAAAGAUAGAAGAAUAUAAUGAAGCUCACGUUUCUCCUUUUACAUGUAAAUAUUGCUUCAAAACAGAUAAAAUGUUUACAGAAAUUGGUUUAGAAAAACAUUGGAUUAAAAAUUGUCCUAUGCUUUGUACUUGCCCCAAUUGUUUCUUAAUAGUCGAAUUGGUUGUUAUUCAUGAUCAUUUUCUAUCUGAAUGUUCACAUAGUUAUAUGUAUACUUCAUGUGAAUAUUGUAAUGGGGUCGUAAAGAAAAGUUUAUUAGAUUUUCAUGUUAUAAAUGAAUGUAUUGGAAAGAAAAAUGAUUAUCUCUCAUGCUACUAUUGUUCUCUUUGUAUUGAAUCAUUUGAGAUUGAUAAAUGGAGAAAUCAUUUUCUAUCAUGCCCCAAAAAUCCUAGAUUGAAUUAA